AUGGACUUCCGGCAUGAGCACGGCAGGCGGUACCAUGCCUUCAGGGACGGAACAUAUCUUGUGCCAAACGAUGAUGAAGAGCUCAAUCGGCUAGACCUCCAACACAACCAGUGGCGCCUAACCUUGGACGGCCGCCUCCACAUCGCCCCCAUACCGGAGACACUCCCGACGGGCUACGAAGUCCUCGACAUUGGCACAGGAACCGGCCUUUGGGCAAUCGAGUUUGCUGAUGAGAAUCCCAAUGCCAGUAUCAUUGGUGUGGACCUGUCUCCUGUGCAACCGUCCUUCGUGCCGCCCAACUGCCAGUUCAUGGUGGACGACAUUGAGUAUGACUGGGAGUACAACAAGCGAUUCGACUACAUUCAUGGCCGCUUCCUCUCUAUGGGGAUCCGAAACUGGGCUCGCGUGUUCCAGCAGAGCUUCGCUCAUCUCAAGCCAGGCGGCUGGGCAGAGUACCAGGAAGCGGAACUCAUUUUCAUCCCUGAUCCUGGGUCACCCCAACCGAAUCCAGAAAUGGCGAGCCUGAGCGACGAUGUCCAGGAGUCAGCCCUGAAGAUUGGGGUUGAUGUCCGGCAGGCGCACGGCUGGAAGGAAAGUAUCGAGGCCGCUGGCUUCAUCAAUCACAAGAUGGUGCAACUGCGAUGGCCGCUGGGAACGUGGAGUCCGGAUCGUAAGGAGCAGGCCAUCGGCCGGAUGAACCGGCGGAACAUGUUGAACGGAAUCGAAGGGUUGACUUUGGCGUAUUUGGUGAGGAUCAGAGGCGAUCCGGCUGAUGAGGUAAGGGACAGGUUGAAGAGGGUGAAGGCUGAGAUGAAGGACGAGGAUGUGCAUAUGUAUAUGAAUCUGUUCAUACAUUACGCUCAGAAGCCUGAGUAG